AUGUGGUGUCUCUUUCCAGGCAACCGCAGAGGCAUUCAGUGGCUUCUGGGCUCAGAUGGAGAGGUGUGGGUUUGGGUAAUGGGGGAUGCCCUGGGGGACAAGCCUUUUGAAGACAUUGUGGAAGAGCUGAUGGAGGAGAGAGCCAGGAAACAGGCCCAGCGAGAGGCGCAGGAACUCAGGCGUGUGAAGGAGGCAGAGAUUGAAAAGAAGUUUCGAGAUGCCAUGGCGAAGGAAAAGGCUCGCUUCGUGGCAGAAAAAUGGAAGGAGGAGACGGAUGACAGAAAGGCAGCCAAGCAGGAAGAAGAUGAAGAUCGCAUUAGAGAGGAACUGGAGAAAUGUGAGGAGGAAGAGAGACAGAGAGGCGAGGAAGAAAUCCGUCAAACCGAGGAAAGGAGAGCAAAGGAGCUGUACAUCUCUCUGAAGCAGGAGGAAAAGAGGAACGAAAGAGAUGACAAAGAAUGGCAGGAACAAUUGCGGCGCUCCAAGGCGGCAGAUGAGGAGAUGAAAUACAAAGCACGAAGGGCUAGAGAUGAAUACAAGCGGCAGUCUCUGUGGGCCGCCGAGAAGGGUCUAGUGGCUGGACUCAGUGGUCUGUUCCAUAAGACACACCUGAACGGAUUGGGUCACAACCGACGACACGGCACAGCCGCUGAACAUUCGACUCCUCCAGCUGAGGCCAGUCAUUCGCAUGCAACCAGUGCUGGCCAACUCACCUCAGGCCAUUACAGGCACAGACAACACCAUCGCUACAGCAGUCCAGUCACACAGUCGCUCACAGAAUGUCCUGUCUGGAUUCGUCCGACCAGACCAAACUCACGUGAAUCCAUCAUCCGCUGGUUUAAGGAAGAGCAGAGGCCGAGACGAGCAGGUUAUGAACGAAACAGCAACACCAUCGCACCCUGGUUUCACGGAAUAAUAUCCCGGCAGGAAUCAGAGGCUUUGCUGACAAAUGCGGCAGAAGGCUCUUUCUUGGUCAGAGUGAGUGAGCGAAUCUGGGGUUACACGCUGUCCUACCGCAACCCCUCGGGCUUUAAGCACUUCCUCAUUGACGCCUCGGGUGAUCAUUACAACUUCCUAGGUGUUGACCAAAACCGCCACGCCACCUUAACUGACCUCAUCAACUUCCAUAAGGAGGAAGUGAUCACCACGUCUGGAGGAGAACUACUCCAGGACCCCUGCAGGCCCAGAAGCUCCGCAGCAGACCACGGAGAACUGUUUCUGUGAUGUUUUCCAUUGAUGUGAAUCUCAGAAGGCAUCAAAGCUCAGUUUGUAGGCCGUAUCGCUGGAGUCCACAUCCUUUCAGUGCCGCUGCACAGCUUUUACUUGUGGUCAG